AUGCCGGGGGCGGCGGCGCGGCUGCUGGGGGCGGGCUGCCCCCCGUGGGCGCCCGACGCCGGGGGCCGCGACGCGCUCACGUGGGCGCUGCUCGCCGACGACGAGCAGACGGCGGCGGCGCUGGUGCGCCUGGCCGGCUUCCGCCAGCGCGCCGACCACUUCGGGCGCACCGCGGCGCACGUGGCCGCGACGCGCGCCGGCGCCCCCGCCGUGCUGGAGCUGCUGCGCCGCGGCGCCCGCGCGGACGCGGUGGACGCGGAGGGCCUGACGCCGCUGACGUGCGCGCUGCGCUACAACGCGGCCGCCGUGGCCGACGUCGUACGCUGCUACUCUGCCGACGCGGCGGCGGCGAUGGCGGCGGAGGACCGAGACACGGAGUAG